CAGUAUUAAAGUAUCAUCCUGGUCAGUGUCUCGCGCACUCUGGCUCUUCUGUAAAGGAAUUUAUAAUAUCUGAAGCCUGACAGACAUUAGCUUCCAGCCAUGGGUGACUGGUCUUACAUGUCCUCACUGCUAGAUAAGGUCCAGUCUCACUCCACCAUUGUGGGGAAGAUCUGGAUGAGCAUCCUCUUCCUGUUCAGGAUCUUUGUCCUGGGUGCUGCUGCGGACAAAGUCUGGGGAGACGAAGUGUCAGAGUUUUACUGUGACACCCUGGAACCAGGAUGUCAACACGCCUGCUACAACUGGAUGUUCCCAAUAUCCUAUAUUCACUACUGGGUCCUGCAGAUCACCUUUGUCUCCACACCCACCCUAAUCUACCUGGGCCAUGCUAUCCACAUCAUCCACAAAGAGAAGAGGAUGCUGGAGAGGCUCCGGGACAGCACUGAUGGUACUGUACUGAGGAAGCCCAAGUAUACAGAUGACAGAGGGAAGGUGCAGAUAACAGGCAUCCUCUUCUGCACUUACAUCACCCAUCUGGUCAUCAAGAUCCUCCUGGAAGUGGGAUUCAGUGUGGGCCAGUUCUACAUCUUUGGUCCUGUGUUCAUGGUCCCCUACUUCCACUGUACCAUGAGUCCACCAUGUGCCCGUUUUAGUGGUGCCCAGUGUUACGUUUCCCGUCCCACAGAGAAAACAAUUUUUGUCAUCUUCAUGCUUGUAGUUUCAGGCAUUUCAUUGCUCCUCAACAUCGUGGAGAUAAUUUACCUGCUCUGUAACAAGAAGAGAGACACCAGCAAUCUGCUUCAAGCUCAGCAGCACAUGCUCAGCACACAACAGUGUCCAUCCAACCAAACGUGGGGGGCCUUGAGCAGCCAGUAUGGAGGUCACACACUGUUGCCUUUAACAGGCCUCUGCAAUGAUGACAAACACAUCGAAUCUGUCAAUAAGGAGAAGGACACCUGAUACAUGAAUUUCACCUGUCCGUUUUGGAUAGUUCUUGUUAUUAUAGUGCUUAAAAUCCAAUACACAUAUUUGUCCUCUAAGCCGUAGUGCUUCUUGUCAGUCUAAAUAGUUUUGUGUAUAUAUAUAAUUGUGUAUAUAUAUUAUUAUCUUAUAUAUAUAGGAUCAUUUAUGCAGUGUAAAAUGCAAUAGGGUUUAGCAAGUGACUAGUGUAUACCCUUCCAAAAAUGUUGUCGUGAUAGGGACAGCCCACAUUUCCCAUCAUGACUGCUUAAUGCCCACUGCUGGUAUGAGUAAUUUGUUAGGUUUGCUGUUUUAUGUUCCAAAAUGCAACUAAUCAUUUUGCUAGUAUUUGUAAUGUGGUAUGUGUCUGUUCAGAACAUGGUGUCUUAUGUUAGUAGUUAGUACUGGUUAAAGAUUAAACCAUGUUUAAAGUGGCUGUUACAUUUCUUUAACCUAAAUUGCAACAUGUGAGCAAUGCAAAAUCAUACAUUACUUGGCUGUCAAGAAGUGAUACCUAAAAAAAAUGAACAUAACAUGCUUUGUGUACUUUUGUGUAAGCCUCCACCUCAAUCAAAAUUGUAAUAGUUAAGCUCACCCAAUAUUGGAUUCCACGGCAAAUGACAGACGAGAGAUAGAAAAUGUCAUUUUUUCAGUGAAGUAAAAAUAAACUACAUGACCAUGAGAUUUUUGUGAUGCCACUUUGAGUUACAUUUUGCUGCCAUAAAUGUCACUAUAUUAUUCGGACAUAUCAUAAGCCAUUAGCUUACCAAUUAUCUUAUCAAUCUAAUUUAAAUAUAUGUCUUAAUUAUUAGUAAUUAGUAAUCACUUAUAAACCAGUUUCUCUAAAGUAACCCUAACCCUCUUGUUGUAAAUAGAUGACAGUAGCAAAUCUUGUAUGCAGUUGUGGAAUGUAAUAAAGUACAUUUACUAUAGUAUUGCACUUAAGUACAAAUUUGAGGUACUUAUACUUCACUUGAGUAUUUUACCUUUUAUGCAAAAUUGACUGAUCCCCAGGGGUGAUUCACAUAAUUACAGCAGCAUAAGAAACAAUCUAAAUAAAUAUGUUUCAAAAAUGUUUAUAAUGACUAGGAGCUUUAUUACUUAUUUUGUUUUAUCUACUUUCAAAGGGUAUAUAAUCUGUACAAAUUGCAUAUUGUGCAAUUAAAUGUGUGCUAAAGUCAGGAGACUAGUUGUGCAACUCUGUGGGCUUUGUUUAGGUAUGUAAUGGAAAUUUACUGUGAGUAAGCUUCAUGUGCACCAGUAAGACAGGUGCUGCGAAAAAACAACUCUAUACAAUGUCUUGUUUGUCUCUCUUUGACCUUCACGUCUGCCUCAUCAUCAACUUCAUAUCUUAGGCGCCAGCAGAUGUAACAAGACAGAAAUGUCUGCAGAUACUGCCACAUAGCCUUGACCACCCUGCCAUUGUUACCCCGCUUAUAUAGCAGAGAGUGCAGCCUCUUUUUUCUUUAGUGCAUUCUUUUCAGACUCUGUGUGACUCUGUGUAAAACCUAAGCCUCUUCAUGCAGGAAUAAAAUACCACAAAGACACUCAAUUGUCAUUUGAUCUUUAUUUCAAUGCUCAUUGAGACUCAUGUCGGGACAUUAGACAUUAACAGAUAGAUAGAUUUUUUCCACCACAAUUCGGCGUCACAAGCAGGAUUCAUAGAAGAUCGUCCUGAGGCGACGGAGGAACGGUGACUGAUCAUCCAGGAGGAAAACUCCUGCCUCUACCUUGACAUCUUAAGAGACGAGAGGACCAAUCCCCGACGACUCUGGGCCAUCUCUACUGAGAUCCAAAAGACCUGAUUGAGUCCAUGAAUCAACAAAUAACCGGGAGCUGUCUAGAGUGGACACCCGUCCUCCCCUAUAUAGCCCUCCACCGACAGGACAGCAGCCCAAAGCCAAGGACGAAAGAAACGACUCACACGCCAAUGCCUCAGCCCCAAAAAUGGGACCCUCCAGCCCAUCCGCCCUAGGAGGGGGCUCAACCUCCUCUAAAGGAUUGGGUGGAGCCAGCGGAGGCCACACACACGUAACAACUCCAUCCUAGGUCAAGAGCGAGCAGACGGCCGUGCCUCCAUCUCAAGUCUCGGACGUGUCUGGCGAAGAGGAAGUUGUAAAGUUACGGUAGAAUAGUGACUCAUUUAAGGUUCUCUAUAAGAUAUUCAGAGCAUUAAUGUCUACCUGAGCAGAGAAUAAGGUCAAUCUCCCUCUGUGCGGGUUGUAACCUGAGUUUCUCCGCACUUUGUUUCCAUAGCAAGGCCGGCUUUGUGUGGUUUUAGUGCAAACUAGUGCACGUGAGCAUUCCCCACUGGCUAGCAAUUGUUACCGCUAAUAAGGCCGUCCCGACCGACAGCGUCAUCGUUGUGGUAGCAAGUCACAGCAUGAAUCACAGGCAAUCCCAAUAUUCUCUUUGCAUUCUCCGUACAUUUUUCUGUUCAUUUGAUACAAUAAACACAUUGCUGGGCUCGCAUAAGCAUUACCAAGCUGUUGCCAAAAUAAAUAACAAGAUGGUACCUGCAGAAAAUGAUGGAACUCUAGCUAAAUACUAAUUAAAAGAUGGGUUCCCUUUUUGUGCAUUAAACUGUUUUGGUCUCCGUAAUCAUUAAACCCUUCCCCUUGUCCAUACUGGCUCUGAAGGAUUACCUGCCUUAACAUUCAAACUACCAGAAUUCUAAACUACUGGAAGGCCAUAGCGGGCAACACUAACCAUUUAUACAUUAUCUGCAUAGAAUUCAAACAAGCACUAUAAAAUCUAAGAAUAAAUUGAUCCAUAAUGUAGUCUUGCUCAAUGACCCACAGCACUAUUUGAUUGGUUACAGUGAGAGUAAUAGCCUAUCAACAAUGAAGGCAACUGUGUAUGUGUCAGUCAAAGCUGCGCUGUGAGCCAGUAGAGCUGUUCGGUGAAUAUAAGACCGAAGAUAAUGCUGAAGUUGCAAUAAACAUCACAGAAUGUCACAGAAGUAUGCACAGUAACAGUAUUACAAACACUCAGUGUUCUACUGGGACCGUUUUGCCAUCAGAGCAAAUGUGGGCUCACAUGUGUGCCCACAUGCAUAGUAGUGCAUGUGGGCACGCUCACAUGCACUAGAAUGCACUAAAACCACACACAGCCGGCCUAGCUGUGGAAACAAAGCAAGGAGAAACUCAGAUUACAACUGAAAAUCUAUGACCUGCUCAAAGAUUUUUAGUUCAAUGAGCAGGGGUGGGCUGCAGUGACUUACCUUUAGCCGGUCAGAAUCAGUGUGGCUGGGUCGAUGUUUUGUCACGACAGGGCGUGAGUUAUUCUGGCUCAACACAUUCUCGCUCAAUUAAGUCCAGUAGAGCCUUUGUGAAAUUGAAUGAUUGUUACAAUAUUGUAACUUUAGUUGUAGCACAGGCAGAGAACAGAUGCUCCUAGAUAGAGUUUGAAUACUGAAAGACCCAUGAGUCGAAGGACAAACAUUAGUCUAAGCCCUAUUUGGAGCAACAUCGCAAAUUUGUGUGGCUGGGCUCCAGUAAAAACAAGGUCAGGAGCCGAAGAGUGCAGUUAGCAGUGAGGGAACUGGGCUGUUUGCUGCUACAGCCCCUCCUAAAAAUGAGAGCAGAUCUUUUCAGCUGACUAGGUGGAACGAUUAGGAUCAGGAGGUUGUAGUGAAUGAGGCUCAUAGGCUGUUUCAUCUGAAGAUCAUAGUCGUGCAUUUGGUGAGCACCUCCUGCCUUAAUGUUUUGUCCAACAGA